GUGGCUACCAACCAUAGAGAGUACAUAUCUGUACCCUUUCUCUAUAUAGCAUAACAUCCCAUUGAGAACCUUGUAAUUAUCUCUUCCAUUUGUAAAUAUGGAGCAAGAAAAAAAACAAGGUACAAGAGAAGAAAGUGAACAAGAGAAAUGGGUUUAUGAUGGUUCUGUGGAUUGUAAAGGAAAAGUUCCUCUUCGUGCUAAAACUGGUGUAUGGAUAGCUUCUCUCUUUGUCCUCACAAUUGAAUUUAGUGAAAGGGUAAGCUUCUUUGGAAUAGCUGCAAAUCUUAUAUCAUACCUUACUAAGGUGAUGCAUGAAGAUCUUAAAACUGCAGCAAAGAAUGUAAACUAUUGGUCAGGAACAACAACCUUGAUGCCUCUAAUAGGUGGAUUUCUUGCUGAUGCUUACAUUGGUCGAUUUCCUAUGGUCCUAUUUUCUUCCCUGGUCUACCUCAUGGGAUUAAUCCUAUUGACAAUGUCUCAAUACAUCCCAAGUUUAAAGUCAUGCAACACAAAGACAUGUCUUCAGCCAAGGAAAAUUCAUGAAGUUGUUUUCUUCCUUGCCCUUUACUGUAUCUCCUUGGGCACUGGAGGACACAAACCAUGCUUGGAAAGCUUUGGAGCUGAUCAAUUCGAUGAAGAUCACACCGAAGAAAGGAAGAAGAAAAUGUCUUUCUUCAACUGGUGGAACUUUGCACUGUGUUUUGCAUUGCUUCUUGGUGCAACAGUGAUUGUUUAUGUCCAAGACAAUGUUAGCUGGGGAGCUGCUAGUCUUAUUCUCACAAUUCUUAUGGCUUUAUGUAUCAUAGCAUUUUAUGUGGGGAAGCCUUUUUAUAGGUAUAGAAGGCCACAAGGAAAUACUUUAAAACCAAUUUUACAGGUACUAGUUGCAGCUAUAAGGAAGAGAAAAUUAUCUUGUCCCUCAAAUCCUUCUUUAUUGUAUGAAGUUCCAAAGUCAGAUAAGUCCCAAGGAAGGCUUCUAUGCACUACUAGCAAGCUAAGGUUUCUUGACAAGGCUGCUAUAAUAGAAGACACACAUGUUGAUCAAAAACACAAUCCAUGGAGAUUAGCUACAGUGACAAGAGUAGAAGAAACAAAGCUUAUUCUGAAUGUAAUUCCAAUAUGGCUAACUUCAUUAACAACAGGAAUAUGUGUAGCACAAGGCUCCACACUCUUUGUAAAACAAGCUGCUUCAAUGAACUUGAAGAUAAGUGACAGUUUCACAAUCCCACCAGCUUCUGUUUCCACUGCAGCAGCAAUUGGCACCUUAAUAUCUGUUCCAAUAUAUGACAAGAUUAUUGUUCCAAUGCUGAGAAAAAUCACUGGUAAUGAAAGAGGAAUCAGCAUACUUAGAAGAAUUUCCAUUGGCUUCACAUCUUCAGUCAUAGUUAUGAUUGUUGCAGCAUUAGUAGAAGCUAAGAGACUUAGAAUGCAUGAGCAAGAAACUAUGAGUGUGUUUUGGUUAGUGCCUCAAUAUUUGAUUCUUGGCAUUGGUGAUUCAUUUUCUCUUGUUGGUUUACAAGAGUAUUUCUAUGGCCAAGUUCCUGACUCAAUGAAGAGUUUGGGAAUGGCAUUAUAUCUUAGUGUGAUUGGAGUUGGAAGUUUCUUAAGUAGUUUUUUAAUCACUAUUGUGGAUCAAGUGACAGAAAAGAAUGGUAAAAGUUGGAUUGGGAAGGAUAUAAAUUCAAGUCGUUUGGAUAGGUUUUAUUGGAUGUUGGCAAUUAUUAAUGCUUUGAAUUUGUGUGCUUAUCUCUUCUUAGCAAAGAGGUAUACUUAUAAGAGUGUUCAGAAGAUAGGUAAUGAAACUGAUGGUUGUAAGAGUGAUGAGGUAGAGAUGAUGGCAUGAUGAGAGCUCAUAAUGGUUGUAUCUAAUAGUUAUUUUUAUCUUUCUUGUGAAUCAAAUUAGUUGACAUAUUGUUUUAAGGAGUAUACAUUUGUUAAUUGUUGUAUAUUACCUAAAGUAUGGUUUGCUAAAAUAAUAUCACAUAGAUAGAUGUGAAUAUAUAGGGUUAA